GCCGCGGAGGCUCUCAGCUAAAGCCUCUCAACAAUGGCUUCCAAAGCAAGUAGCUCAGUGUGCUUGCAUUUUCUGCUUCUUCUCCUCGUCUCCGGCACUGCAAUUUCUCAAUCGGUAGUGAAGACUCUUCCGGGCUACCCCGGUGAAUUACCCUUUACACUUGAAACUGGAUACGUAAGUGUGGGCAAUGUGGAAUUCUUCUACUAUUUCGUUGAGUCGGAAGGGAAGCCGGGAGCUGAUCCUCUUCUACUCUACAUGAAUGGAGGCCCUGGUUGCUCUGGUUUAAAUGGAUUCUUUUACCAGAUUGGCCCAUUAAAAUUCAACAUCAGUGAUUACACUGGGGGCUUACCAACAUUGAUAUACGAACCAAACACAUGGACAAAGACAGCCAACAUAAUAUUUAUAGAUAUACCGGUGGGUGCUGGCUUUUCAUAUGCAACAACUACAGACGCUUGGGGGACGACAGACACAGAAUGGGCGGCACAAGCCUAUGAGUUUCUAAGAAACUGGUUGGGCGUACACCCAGAUUUUGUGACAAAUCCAGUCUUUCUUGGAAGCGAUUCAUAUGCAGGAAUAAUUACUCCAAUUCUUGCUCAAGAUAUAAUAAAUGGUAAUGAAGCAGGAAUUACGCCUCGUGUGAAUCUCAAAGGAUACUCGAUUGGAUGCCCACAUACAAAUACAGAUCUAGAAACGAAUGCAAAGGUCACAUUUGCACACCGGAUGGCUUUAAUAUCAGAUGCUAUGUAUAAGUCAGCAAAAACCAGUUGCCAUGGGAAUUACGCUGAUCCGACCACUGCAAACUGCACAGAGGCACUUUCAGCAAUCUCCCAGUGCAUAGAGCUUAUAAGCUCGCAAAAUAUAUUGGAACCCGAUUGUGCUUUCUUGUCACCCAAAGCAAAAGAAGAAAGAGCUCGAAGAUCUCUCAGAGAUAAUUCUCAAAAUUUCAUUCUGCCAUCGCCUAGAAGAACUGGUGAAUUUUGGUGCAAAAAUUUUGAUUAUUUGCUCAUGGACAUAUGGGGAAAUUAUAGAAGUGUCCAAGAUGCUCUCCAUGUUCGACCGGGAACAAUCAAACAAUUCUUUAGGUGCAAUAUCACCUUGGACUACACAGUUGUCACCAAUGAUGUUGUCCCAUAUCACAAAAAUCUUACUGAUACAGGCUUGCAAAUCCUAGUUUUCAGUGGAGACCAUGACAUGGUUAUCCCACAUAACGGUAUUGAGCGGUGGAUAAAUUCUCUAGACCUAACACUUGAUACUGACUGGCGACCCUGGUUUGUGAGUGGUCAAGUUGCAGGGUACACGAGGAAAUAUACAAAUGAUGGAUACCGCUUGACAUACGCGACUCUGAAGGGAUCUGGACACUCGCCACCAGAGUACAAAAGGAAGGAAUGUUAUAACAUGUUUCAUAGAUGGGUCUACUAUUAUCCUCUGUAAUUUUUUUUUUUUUUUUUGGCCUUUUCAAUUCCCAUUGUUGGGAUAAAUUUUCUUAUAUUAGAUGUUAAUUGCAAUUGGAGUCCAUUGGACUGAAUAUUUCCAAAAAACAGUCUAUUUCUAUUUUUGGAGUAUUUGAAUAUCUAAAUCCGAGAAUGAACCAUUCAUAAAGAAAGAGAUC